UUGUUCACGUAGCGGAAGCAGGAGACUGAGGCAGACCAGUGAAGAUGGCAGAUGAGGAUUCGGGGCCCGAGGCAGCUGCUGCCGCUCCCCCGGAGAGCCCUCAACCUGCCCGGCCUCACUACGUAUCCUUCUCCGAGAGUGUUCAACCUGCAGUAGGCAUGGUGAGCCAGUUGCUAACCCACCCUUCCUCCCUCAAAUUUGACAAAAAUAUCAAACAGGCCUUCUACAACACCGGGGCUAUGAUCUUUGUGGCAAUCUGUUGUGGAGCUGCUGUCCUGGUUUACUUUAUCCUGGAAGCGUUUCUCCGGCCGCUACUAUGGGCAGUGCUCUGCGGGACUUUCCUCCAUCCGUUCAAGCACUCCCUGGCCCGCCUCGGUCGCUCCUGGCUCAACAGUCUCCAAGACACGGGGACGCCGAUAGUUGUUGGGACUCUGCUGGUGCCUGUGUGGUGCGUGAACCACGGGGUGGAGGCGUUGGGAUCUUUGGUCCUGGAGAGGCUCGUGGUGCUCAUGGUGCUCGGGGUGGGCGCGCCGCUACUCUACCUCCUCUACCUGCUCUGGAGGCUGGUCGGCAUGCAGGUGAUCCUCGGGCACGCGUGUGACAUCAUCGGUAGCGUGCUGGACUGCUUCCACGUCAUGUUGGUGUGUACAGUAGUGGUGGGGUACAUUUUAGCUGUGGUCUUCCUGUGGAGCCCCAGUACGAAGCGCAGCCUGAGGACUCUGUCUGUUCCUGUCUGGGCCAUCCUGCUCUUCUUCCUCGUGUCUCUAACUGGGUCAUGGAGAGUUCCCAUAUGUGUGGUGGUUGUCUCUCUUCUGAUAGUGGGUUCCCAAGAAAAACUACCGGUCCCGGGAAAAGGUGAGUUACCUGGUCAGGUGUUAUCGUUUGCUGCUAACACCAUCUACAUGGCCAUCUCCUGCAGCAACCUGCGCAUGAGCCCAGGGGCCAGCAGACCUGCGCCCCCUACAGGGGGUGUGUGCCCCAGCCCCCUCGCCGCCCGGGCCCCCAGGCCUGAGGCCGGGGGGUUGUUCUACCGCGAGAAGAGCUCCCAGAGAGCCAGUGACAUCUACUUUGUCCUGCUGCUCUGGGCUGUCCUGCUGGUGCAGGUGUGGCUUAACCUGUGGAUCCUGCAGCUGCUACCCAUCCCUGUGGCCGUAUGGGUACUGAAGAAGAUAGUGGUGCGCUUUGGUCUGAAGGGAUUUGCUAAGCGGAGGCUGAUCUCAUGGUGGGAGGUGCUGCAGAGGUUCUGCUGUGAGCGACAGGAAGCCCUCCUACCUGGACCAAUCAAAGGCCUUGCUCAGUUCCUGCUCCGUGUCGACACCAAGCUGUGGCGUUGGCUUAACAAGCAGAUAAUGGAGUCUCUGUGGGUAGUGAUGAGUCGAAACAUUGGGCUGCUGUUUUCCACGACAACCACUCUCCUCACUGUCCUGUUCCACAGCGGCACGGCUCUGCUAAACUUUGCCCUGAGCCUUGUCAUCUUCCUGACCACCUUGUUCUACCUGCUGAGCUCCAGUGGAGAAAACUACAAGCCAGUCAAGUGGGUGAUCAGUCUCACCCCGCUGUCCCAGCCCGGAGCCGCCUCCAACAUUAUAGGGCAGUCUGUGGAGGAGGCUAUCAGAGGGGUGUUUGAUGCGUCUCUGAAGAUGGCUGGCUUCUACGGCCUCUAUACCUGGCUCACACACACCAUCUUUGGCAUCAACAUAGUCUUCAUCCCUUCUGCUCUGGCUGCCACUGGGGCCGUGCCGUUCCUGGGGACAUACUGGGCGGUGCUGCCUGCUGUCUGUGACCUGUGGCUGGCUCAGGGAGAGGGUGUGAGGGCUCUGCUGCUGCUGUUCUGCCAUCUGCUACCAACCUACUUUGUAGACACUGCCAUCUACUCCGACAUAUCAGGAGGUGGGCACCCCUACCUGACAGGCCUGGCUGUGGCAGGCGGAGCGUACUACCUGGGUUUGGAGGGGGCCAUCAUCGGGCCCAUCCUGCUCUGCAUUCUGGUGGUUGCGGCCAACAUCUACAGUGCCAUGCUUAUGAGCCCCAGUUCUGCCCAGCCAACACCCGUCCAAGCAAGCUGGCCAGUGUAUCCCGCUAGGCCUUUCACAGACUCCACCCCCUCGGUGCUGAAGAGAGCGAGCGAUGAGUGAGAGGGGUGUUUCUGACUUCCCAUUGGUUGUUUUUUUAGGAGUAAACAGACCCAUCCCUGAUGCCCCGUGCUACAGGGUCGCCCUGAUGGGGGCACAGGGGCAGGAGCCAUGGUUACCCAGGAUGCCUUCUGCUUGCCAGCAGUGGAAGAGUGCUCUGUGCCUCAGCUCAACAUUAGGCAUAAUAUUUGCUGUUGGGUGAUAUAAUUGAAUUCAGUGCCUCGAUAUCAUGGUAAAAUGUGUGGGUUAGGGUUAUGAUAUCUCUACAAAAUGCUCUGCAGACUAACUAGAGGGGAGGGGCUUAGCCCUGCUCCCUCUUUCUCCCCAGAGGUCAAAGUUCAGACAGGUCGUUCAUUGUUAAGUGUUGCACUAGUUCUGUGCUCUUAUCUCAUACAGCGGUGAUCAGGCCUGAUCCUAGAAGAGCCAUGUGUCAUGUUUAAACUCACAUCAGUCUGACUGUCCCUCGUUAAGAGCAGCCAAGCUCUCUGAGAUGGAGGUUGGGCUGGAACAUAGAGAAUGCUGUCCCUUGCAUCUCUCCAGGAUCUGGCUUGGUUGCCUCUGUUUUUAUGCUUGUUUUAUUCUUUAUCAAGUUUACUGUUAAAUGUAAAUAUCAUUGAUAUUUAUGUGGUUUCUUACCUUGUUCUUUGAUGUGUUUAUGUGAUGUGUCAUGUUAAGCAGGUACCUCGCAUGGUGAUUAGCUCUGUAUUCAGGCACUUCCUGCGCUGUGAGUUAAGACUUCCUGUGUGGAGUUUGGGCCCCGCAUAUCGGUUACCUAAGAUGAAUGUUUUGAUAAGGUUAGGAUUGAUAUUGGGCAUGGCCUGUUUAGUGCCCCUGUGUAUCUUUGAUCUAUCACUCAGACAUAUCGAUUUGUCACGUUGACCACACACAGCUCACUCAACACUUAGUGAUAUCAACUGCAUCACAUCAACACACACCAUGCUUAUUAUAAAACACUUACAAAUAUAAAUUAGUAUACACCAGUUAAACUAUUUUAUCUGAUAAUUAAUCUGUAAUCCACAUCCACAGCAAAAAUGGCUAAUGUGCUAGCCGCCUGAAGGGUAACUGUAAUCUAAUGAUAGAGACUGGCCUGGAGAUGUAUGAUUUGGAACUGUGCCAUUACCCCUAGACUUAUGUACUUUGUAAUGUAUCUUUGCUGUGUUUUCUACUGGAAAUGCACUGAGCUAAUAAAUAUUACAAUUUGAACUAA